CGGUGUUAGACAUGCACAAGGUCUACCCAUCACAAUGCUCCUAGAGUUCAAUCGUGGUACCAUGCAACGAUGGUUUUACGAGAGAAGAAACCAUGCAAACGAAUAUCCUAACUUUGUCACCCCUCGGAAGGAGGAGAAGAUCAGUAGUCGUCUAUCAAAGUCUACACGUUUGGAGGUUCAGACAAUUACACAGACUCAAUAUCAGGUUGUCGGUUUUGAUGGAUUCAUGGGUACUGUAAACUUCGGUAAAAUGUCUUGCUUAUGUAGAAAGUUUCAAUUUUCACGUAUUCCGUGUAAACGUGUCAUCGUUGUUGCACGACAUAUGAGGCUCACGAAUGUCAAUGCAUGGGUUCAUCCAUUCUUUCAGAUCGAUAUCUACCAUGCAAUAUAUCAAGAACCUAUCAAUCCUCUUGGAAAUCAAUCUGAUUGGUUGCACUCACCAGAAGGAAUGGUUAUUCUGCCCCCUCCUCGAUAGUCGUCGUCCGGGUCGUCCCUCCAACAGAAAUCUACGUCCUUCGUAGGGAGAAAAUAUGACACCGAGGAUUUGUAGCCGUUGUCAUGAACCAGGACACGUACAAACCUAAUGUAAAAGGCCAGCACCCAUGCCGACCUCCGCUCUGCACGUUCAUCUAAAAAAGGUAAAGGGACAAGAUCUUGAAAUUUGGUGGAAUCAUUUUUGUUAGUUAUAUGAGUCAUCAUUGUUGUACUUCAGUUACAUG